GGUGUUGACGCCGACGUGUGGGGAAAUGACGUGGAACAAGGUUCGGCGAGACGGCGCACCACGGUGGACUGCGAUUUUCGAAAUUCAGCGCAAAACGGGAAUAUACGGGCAGAUGCGCCCACUGGGCGAACUCGCGCAAGAAAAGGUUUGCUUGGGCCGGCCGGUGCGUGGGCGGGCCUACGCGUGGGCGGACCCAUGCACGGGCGUGCUUGCAGCAAUAUCUACAUCAGCGGCAUCGGCAGUGGUACAGUGGUAGUGGAGGAUGCACCCGAGCAAUCGCUGUAA